GCCGCGUGCAUUGGCCCGCGCGGGGUCACGCGGCGCGGGCGGGGCCCGUGACGCGCGCGGCGGCGGAGGGGGCUCGACUUGUCAGAGUCCCCAGAAAAGAAAAGAAGAAAAGUAUAUUUCAGUAGGUGAAAAUCAGAGGAAGUAACUGCUGACAUAGGAGAACUGUACUUAAAGGACAUUUCUGAAGGAAAACUUUGAAGAUGUGGUGAAGAGCCUGUGUUUUCCCCUGUGUGGUAUAUUGUGCCUUAAAAAAUGGGGUUUGGAGGUGACCUGAAGUAUUCUCAUGAUGCUUUGUUAAAACUGCAAGACUGGGAACUACGACUGCUGGAAACAGUGAAGAAAUUUAUGGUAAUGAGAGUAAAAAGUGAUAAAGAAUAUGCAUCCACUUUACAAAAUCUUUGUAAUCAAGUAGAUAAAGAGAGUGCUUGUCAACUGGAUUAUAUCAGCAAUGUGUCCAAGUCUUGGUUGCUUGUGGUACAGCAAACAGAACAGCUAAGCAAAAUAAUGAAGACGCAUGCAGAGGAUCUUAAUUCUGGGCCCUUGCACAGGCUUACAAUGAUGAUCAAAGAUAAGCAGCAAGUUAAGAAGAGUUUCGUAGGUGUUCAUCAACAAAUUGAAGCAGAGAUGUACAAGGUCACAAAGACAGAACUAGAGAAACUUAAAUCUAGCUACAGGCAACUAAUAAAAGAAGUAAAUUCUGCCAAAGAAAAGUAUAAAGAAGCUGUGGCGAAAGGAAAGGAGACAGAGAAAGCCAAAGAUCGGUGUGAAAAAGCCACUAUGAAACUUCAUAUGUUGCAUAACCAGUAUGUGUUGGCACUGAAAGGAGCACAAUUACAUCAGCACCAAUAUUAUGAUACUACACUUCCUCUGUUACUUGAUUCACUACAGAAGAUGCAAGAAGAAAUGAUUAAAGCCCUAAAAGGGAUCUUGGAUGAGUAUAGCGAGAUCACCAGCCUUGUAACAGAAGAGAUUGUGAAUGUUCAUAAAGAGAUCCAGACCUCGGUGGAACAGAUAGACCCUAACUCUGAGUAUAACGACUUCAUAGAUACUCACAGGUCAUCAGAAGUUGUUGAACAAGAAAUAGAGUUUGAUACGUCUUUGCUAGAAGAAAAUGAAAACCUUCAAGCUAAUGAGAUAAUGUGGAAUAAUUUAACAGCAGAAAGUUUGCAAGUCAUGUUAAAAUCAGUAAUCGAAGAACUGAUGCAGACACAGCAAACCCUUUUGAGCAAAGAGGAACUUGUUUUGGAACUAGAGAAAAAAAUAGAAGAGUCGUCUAAGACAUGUGAAAAGAAAUCUGAUAUUGUACUCUUGCUGAGCCAAAAGCAAGCACUUGAAGAACUUAAGCAAACAGUCCAGCAAUUAAGAUGUUCUGAGGCAAAAUUUGCAGCCCAGAAAGAAUUACUGGAACAAAAGGUUCAAGAGAAUGAUGGGAAAGAGCCACCACCUGUAGUGAAUUAUGAAGAAGAUGCCAGAUCAGUGACUUCUAUGGACAAAAAGGAUAAAGUCUCAAGAUUUGACACUAUACGUCAUUCCAUAGCUGGAAUCAUAAGGUCUCCAAAAUCCAUGUUGGGUUCAUCAUCGUUCUUUGAUGUAAUCUCAACCACUGAGAAGCCAUUGGCUGAGCAAGACUGGUAUCAUGGUGCAAUUCCAAGAAUAGAAGCCCAGGAGCUGUUAAAACAGCAAGGAGACUUCUUGGUGCGAGAAAGCCACGGGAAACCUGGUGAAUAUGUCCUUUCUGUGUUUUCAGAUGGACAACGGAGGCACUUUAUCAUACAAUAUGCUGAUAAUCAAUAUCGCUUUGAAGGAACUGGUUUUCCAACUAUUCCUCAGCUCAUAGAACAUCAUUACACAACAAAGCAAGUUAUUACCAAGAAGUCGGGUGUUGUUCUGCUUAAUCCGGUUGUUAAGGAUAAGAAAUGGGUUCUCAAUCAUGAAGAUGUCACACUGGGGGAAUUACUGGGCAAGGGUAAUUUUGGUGAGGUAUAUAAAGGAACAUUAAAGGAUAAAACUCCUGUUGCUGUAAAAACUUGCAAAGAAGAUCUUCCUCAGGAACUGAAAAUAAAAUUUCUGUCAGAAGCCAGAAUACUCAAACAAUAUGAUCAUCCUAAUAUUGUAAAACUUAUAGGAGUUUGCACUCAACGACAGCCUAUUUAUAUCGUUAUGGAACUUGUACCAGGAGGUGAUUUCCUGUCAUUCCUAAGAAAGAAGAAGGAUGAACUGAAAACCAAACAGUUGGUGAAAUUUUCAUUAGAUGCUGCCUCUGGUAUGGCAUAUCUUGAAUCUAAAAAUUGUAUACAUAGAGACCUGGCUGCAAGGAACUGCUUGGUAGGUGAAAGCAACAUUUUGAAAAUAAGCGAUUUUGGGAUGUCCCGACAAGAGGACGAUGGUGUGUACUCAUCAUCAGGCCUAAAGCAGAUUCCAAUCAAGUGGACUGCUCCAGAAGCUCUGAACUAUGGGAGAUACACAUCUGAGAGUGAUGUAUGGAGCUUUGGAAUCCUUUUGUGGGAGACCUUCAGUUUAGGAGUAUGCCCAUACCCUGGAAUGACCAACCAACAAGCACGAGAGCAAGUUGAAAAAGGCUACCGAAUGUCUACACCACAAAAAUGUCCAGAAGAAAUAUAUAAAAUAAUGCAGAGAUGCUGGGACUACAAGCCCGAAAACCGGCCAAAAUUCAUUGAGAUUCAGAAAGAGUUGUCUUCAAUCAAAAAGAAAGUGACAUAGUGAUGAAGAAGUGCCAAAACAAUGUCUGGGACUUAAUUUUCCAGUGAAGUAAUUGUUUCCCUCAAACACUAUGCAUUUAUACAGCAUUAUUUGCAAUAUUCUUCUAGGAUUACUUUGAAAUUAAUUGGUGUUCCAUCUUUAAUGGUGUCUACACCUGCAUUAAAGAUAUAUACUGCAAAGUGCUAUAUAUCCAGUCACAGUAGUACUGUAAUUUAGGUUACAUGUACAUAGGAAAGCACAUACUAUAAAUUUAAGGGACUGUGGCUUCUGUUUUACAGCAAAUAACUGCUAGUGACAUUUUUCAGAGGUAUUCUACUUUAAGCUGUGCUCUCACUCUGCUAUCCCUGUCCUGUAUGUCAGCAUAUUAAUAUGGGGAUUGUCAUACAUGUUGGCCUUAAAAACUGAGGACAGUUUUGACAAGUAUUUCUACUAGAAGCUUUUUUUUAAAAAAAAUCCUUUCUGCAUCUGAUAUAUUUAGGUGAAGCAUGAAGCUCAGUUAGAUUCUGAAUGGAAGAAUCCUGAAUUUUUUUUGGUAGUUGAAUUACUUGUGCAUUUAUUACCAUGCAAUAGAAAUACUUCUGACUUUUUAUGUGAUCUCCUUAAAUCAUGCCUUUUCUGUCCUUCAAUGCCAUCGGAAAUCAGUAGUAUGUUUCUUUUAUGGUGACCUAUGUUUAUUUUAGAAAAAAGAGACCAAUAUAGAGUCUUGACUGCAUAUGCUAAGAAAUACUGCAAACUAUCUGUCUUCCAAAAAAUAUGUGAAAAUAGUAAGCCAAGAAAAAGAGGUUUAUUAAUGAUAGCAGCAGAUAACAAGUAUCAUUGAUCGUAGAGGAGCUAAAGAAUAUGUUGCUAGAUUUGCUUUUGACCCUGAUGUUUUUCCUUAAAUUUGUAAAAAUUCUCAGAAUGCAGCUUAAUGCUUAAGCUUAUUCUGAACAGAAGAACAUUUAAUGCAUAGUGUCCAAAGGAAAAUACUACUUCUGUAUGGCAUGAGGAAGUUGUUCAAACAACCAAAAGGAAAGAAGUGUGUUUAAAGCCUCUGACAGGGAACAGCAGAGUAGAAAUAGUAACCUUCUAUUUUUUCUACAUUAUUGCAAUCAAAUAUCAAAAGACUGGGGAUAAACAAGGUUUAAAUGCACCAAGAAUAUAAACCUUGUGUUUGUAUAUAUAUACAUAUAAAUAUAUAUUAAAAAAAAAAGCCAGGAAGAAUAAAAACUUACUAGAUAGGAGAGGGAGGAAGUGCACCAUUUGUUACUUUGACUCUGAGUCCUCUUUGCAGCUGGAAUUGUUUUCUAGGGCUCUGCAUAGAAGUAGAAACAAGUUACCAUAUCCCUGUCUGAGUUCCAGCAUUAAGGUGCUUAAAAUGUUUCUAGGAAUUUACUAAAAUGUUCAGAUCAAGGGAUACCAGUUGCUGCUAAUGCAAGUAAGAAACAGGGAUUGUAAGUAACACCGCUUCUGGAAUGUUAAUUAGCCUUAUAUUUUAGUGUUACAGUGGGAUUGAGAUGUAGUGAAGUCUGUGGCUACAUUACAUUUUUAUUUCUGUUAGGGUGGCUUUUCUAUUGUCCACAUCAUCUUUUGCUCUCUAAAGUAUAUUUACAGUAGUGCUGAGUGGUGGUUUAGGGCUAUGUGUGACCAAAAUAUGUGUAGUCUAGAAGAAUUUGUCUGUGACAUAGGAAUUAGUGUCCAACUACAACAGUGAAUGGUUGUGUGGGAGCACAUUGCCUGCAUUUGAGGUGGUACUGUCAGUAUCCAGCUGUAAGGAAAGUGCUUCUUGCAUUUUAAGUGACUUUUUUUCUUGGAGAUAAGGAAGCAAAUAUAUAUACACAUACCCAUGAAAGUGUAGUGCUUGGAAAACUUGGUGGCAUAAAUUAAAACUUCAUUGUGAGUGUACUGGAUAUAUUUACUUAGUUCUGUACUUCAAGUAGCCCAGAGAUAUUUUCCAAAAGCAAUAGGAAACGUUCUUGUUAGUUUGUAUGCUUCUAAGUAGUACACAGAGUCUGUGCCUUAAUUUGCUAGUAUGCUAAUGCAAGUGCAAGUGUACUAAAAUUUAAGAAAUGUUUCACAAUCAUUUGGGAAAAUCCGAGAUUCAUCCAACUGCAUUUACUUACUUACAUAUGCAUCCUUGAAGUCUGCAAGUAAGGAUAACAGUGUCAGCAUUCAUAGUUUUCUGGAGAAUUAAAUAUUCUUUUGUUAGGAAGAUGGACUGUUUCUUUGCUAUAUGCCCUCCCGACAGCAAGAAAUACUGCUUUAUUCAGAUAAAAUAAAAUACUGUUUUAUUUGCCACAAAUUAACCAGUCACCAUCCUGACUCUCACAGAAAGAUAGAAACAGUACUAACAUUUUAUUCUGAAAUGGUUAACCUCCAUACAUAUAUAUCACACUUCUGCUUAAAUCUUCAGUUUUUUAAAAUGGGAAUUUCUACAGCAUUAGAAAAAUUUAUUGCUAUUACUGUAGUAGGCACCAGUUCAGUUCAAAACUGGUGAUACUUCGGGAGAAUACCAGGAUGACUUUAUGGGUAUAGAAUAAAUGUCAACACAGGUACAUGUCUUUUCAAUUAUUUAAACUUUUUGUAUCAUUAAUUUAACAGUUUGUGGCAGAAUCUGUUCAUCAUGUCUGACUUGUAAUUGUUGAAACUAUUCAAUUGAGGAAGUGGAAUCCAUACCUAUAGAUACUGUAGGCUUCUCACAGGAGCAUUCACAACCAAGCCUGCCAUGCCAUGAAAUUGUGGCGCUAAGGAAGCAAAACUGCAGUAUCUCUCUCCAUGGCCUUUUGAUGACUUAAUCUUCUCAGGUUAAUCUUACCAGCUUAGUCAGAUUCUGGUCAUUUGGCUCAUGUGUGGUGUUUAUCAUAGAGAACUUACAAAGAAGUUAAGCUUAGGUCUCUUUUGCAAACAUGGAUUUCAGGUUAGGUUGUUACCCUGGCACUGUCACAACCAGAGGAAAAUCUGAGGGAAUCCUGAGUUAUUUUACAUUGUUAAAUGUAGGAAACUCUGAAUACUGUUAUCCUCAGCUUGUAACACAAGAAGGAAUUCAACAGGGUAUUUCUUAAUUUUGUAUUUUUCCUAGGAAUUGCAUCCUUAUUUUAAGAAAAUUGCUUUGACAGCAAAAAGUGCAUCUUUAGUUAGUUUUUUGUGGAAAAUAAGCACCUAUUAGCUUCCAUGUCCAGUCAUCAGUGAAACCAUAAGAUUCUCUAAGCUUCUUUAUUUUAUGAAAAGUAAAACAGUGAAAAGUACCUUGUCUGGAAACAAAUCUUGCUUCAGCAAAAGGUGAUGUUGUAGAGUUAGCAUCCCACGAAGGCAUUAUGUUUGAAAUGUGCAUUUUCAUUAGUUUCUGUGAAAAACCAAUGAACUAGCUUUUCAUUCAUCAACUACGGUUAUAUUGCAUUUCUUCGUAACAAAAAUAUGCCAUUUUGCAGAAUUGCCUAAGACUUUUUUGGAAAUUGCUAUUGGGAAGUGCAUCACCAGAAGGCCAUCAGUGAGAACUGCAGCUGGUAAAGCCCAUUCUUACUGACAGGAAAUAGAAAACUGGUUAAGGAAAUAUUAGGUUAUUCAUACUUAAGUAUUUCUUCAUUAAUGUCUUUGACCACCUGUUAUGCUGACUUAAAUCUUACAAGCACAUAAAUUAAAAUUGACUAUGAAGUUACCCAUA